AACGACGAUACAGUUUUUCUUCCCGGAAUUCGAUGGUUCACGGCCAUGAUUGGAAAUCACCGGCGACGACUCGUUCUCUUCGAUUUUUCCCAACGCGGAAAAUAACUGUCACGAUUUCCUUCUGAAAUCUCGUCAUCGAUAUAUUUACAUUUUCGUUACAUCGCACAAAUUCGCGACGUAAAUUGAGUGACGACAACAAGACUUCCCUUUGUCACGCGACUUCAUUCCAAAAGUUCAAUAUUAAACAAAUAAUGGAACAAUUGUCAUUGGCAGAAUAAUUAAAGACUCGCCCUCGCGACUUCAUUCCAAAAGUUCAAAAAUAGAUGAGUCAAAACGUUUUCUAUGUUUCGCAUCGCAGUCCCAAGAUGAGUUUGCCAAUGGCCAAAAAAAAUAAAGAAGACGCGAACAAAGAAGCCUAUAGUAUAGAUGCCACAAACGAAGCCAAAUCUUUCAUAGAGAAAAUCUUGGGCGAUGUCAGCAAAUCCUCAGCAACAAAACAGAUCAUUAUUGGUAGCACAUCAGGAUGGGUAACUGGAUUUAUCACUAUGAAGAUUGGAAAAGUAGCAGCUUGCGCAGUUGGUGGUGGAAUUAUCAUGUUGCAAAUUGCUGCACAUCAGGGUUACAUAAACAUUAAUUGGGACAAAGUUAUGACAAAGGCCGAAAAAAUAUCAGAUAAGGUGGAGGAAAAGAUUACCGGCGAAGGGCCACAUUUAAUGGACAAGGUUGAACGAUUCGUCGACAAAAAGAUGGACAAAGCCGGGCGAUUGAUGAAACAAGGGCAGAUUCGUACUCGGCGUUGGUAUCAUGCAUUGAUUGGCAGUGACGACAGUUUCCAACCAACGGAGUUCCAUUUCUUUCUAGUCUCAUAUGUCGCGGGAGUCGCACUCGGUAUUGCAACCGCCAAAUAGGUAAUAAAUUGCUGCACUCUGAAUGCAACCAAGAAAAAGAUAUACAUCGCACCAAAGGAUAGCUCCACUAUUAUCGACGCGCAUGACAAUGUCGUCGAUGAAUACAAUAAUACAAUCAUGGAUGAGGUAAGGAACAAACUUAAUGAGUUAAAGAAAUGGGUGGCGCGAACUACGCUUAAUAAUCCUAGAUAAAUAGCUUUAUUUUUAAUCUCUCAUUGAUGUUAACGAUGAAUAGAAUUUAUUCGUAUCAUCCAGAAUUACUUCUUUUGCCUUCUUUUAAAUCCCCAAAUCCGAAUAAAUUAAUGAAACAAUUCGUAGAUCUUUGUUAAAUUUUUCAAUAUUAAUAGAGUAAAUUUUAUUCGUCGCUAUCAUCUCUUUAAAGUUAAUACAUCAAACAAAUGAAAGUCCCUAACUUGUUUUGAGAUUACAAAAUAAUUUAUUUAUUACUAAUGUGAUUUAUUGAAUAAAUAUCGCAUCGAUGUAUUAUUUAUUUCACAUUUUACUUUGUGAAAGGAUAAAAUUUUGUUUGAAUCUUGAUAAUUUUAUUAUUGUCAUUUAAACAAACUAUAUAACGUGCUUGUAAAAUGGUAUAGAGAUUUCUUACUCAUUCAGAAUGCAGCAAGAAAUUAGUCAUUCUAGGACGUAAAUGUUAGAAUAAUAUUGUAUACUUAUAUUAUUAAAAAGUUGCGAUUCAAUUUUUGUGAUUUAUAUUUAUAUACUUAAUUCGGCUAAUCGCCGUGUUUCUAUUGUAUUAUUUAUACUUAUAUAGAUCUUAAUAUGUAUUGUCUAAAGAUAAUAAAGAUUAUUUAACGAAUAA